UCGCCUUGUCCUGCCUCCGGUGUGCGCCUGCUGCCGCUCCAACGCCGUGUCCGGCCCCGCGCCUCGGCCCGCUGCGCACAGGUAACCGCGGAGCAGCCCAGCCUGCCCCGGCGCGAUGCUGCUGAGCGCCCGUGCCUGCUGCGGGCGCUGCUGCUGACAGCCGAGCCUGGGCCGCUGCCGCCGGCACGCAGACUUCCCCUGCUUCUUUAUCCCACCGUUCUUGAGGAUACCGCUAUCCUUCUGCCCGGGACUGGCGGCAGGUCCUGCCUGACGGUUGGAUUUCUACCCAUUCAUCUGCAUUGCCUGUCUGAAAGUAUUUUUAAUAAACGGGGAAGUCGAGCCACAAAUCCAGUGCACGUCACGCUCCCCUUUUCUGGGGUGUCCGGUUUAUUUCAGCAGUUAAAAAAGUUUAUUCCCCUCCCACCUCCAGUUUUAUUGACACUGAGCAUGAAGAAGGAUUUGCAAAUGAAAGCGCCUUGAAAUACAGCAUCUUUUGGAAAGAGCUCUGCAGUUCGCCUGUUGAGACUCGAAUUCCACCCUUUGCCCCUGCUGAAUCCUCUGGUCUGCCCUUUACUCUCUGGGGUAAAAAAACAAACAACAACAACAAAAACCCGAAGGGGAAAAAAUACCUUUGGCAGCAGGGAAGCUUUGUGUGCCUGACCCAUCGAGCUCCGAGUGUCCAGUUUCUGAAAAGAAGAAAACCCUUUUGUCUUCAGCAGAUCACUAGAAUUAUUUUGGAAGCGAGGAGAGUGUCAAGUGAUCUGGCCUACUGAAGAGGAGACCGAAGCCAUCUCUGAGUGGAGAUUUUGGACUUGCAUGAGGAAGGCUGUGUGUCCCCCCAUGUGGCAGAACUGCUGCUCUUUACCAAGGAAGUCAAAGUGAAGCAACUAGGUCAAGGGCAGCUUUUACAUUCCACCCAAAAGGCACCACAGUUUGAGAUGAGGAAUUCAGAAGAGCAAGCAGCUACGACAGUUUUACAACGCCUGCUGCAGGAGCAGCUCAGAUACGGAAACCCAAAUGACAACCGUAACCUUCUUGCCUUACACCAGCAAGCCACAGGAAAUGCCCCCCCUUUCAACAGCACUGGGAGUCCAGCAUCUCAGAACGAAGGGCUGAGCUCCCAGGACCACCAGCUUGUGACUCAUGCUGCCCGUCAGGAGCCCCAGGGCCAGGAGAUACAGGUGGACAACAGCAUCAUGGAGAAGCAGCUCUCCCCACGACUUCAGAACAGUGAAGAUCUCCCGACCUAUGAGGAAGCCAAAGUGCAGUCACAGUAUUUCAGGGGCCAGCCACAUGCUAGUGUUGGGGCAGCUUUCUAUGUAACGGGGGUCACCAACCAAAAGAUGAGGACUGAAGGGCGACCCACAGUUCAGCGGGUGAGCCCAGGGAAGGUCCACCAGGAUGAAGGACUGAAGGACCUCAAGCAAGGGCACGUCCGCUCCUUGAGCGAGAGGCUCAUGCAACUGUCCUUGGCCACCAGUGGGGUCAAGGCCCAUGCGCCUGUCACGAGCGCACCGCUCUCCCCCCUCUCCCCACUUUCUCCUCAGCAGUCCAGCGACCCCUACAAGAAUUCUGGCUCCAAUGAGUUCUACAAGAACUCGGUGCAGGCCCCUUCCCAGCCCAACAUGAAAGGAAUGGAGCAGCGGGGUCCUCCUCCAGAGUAUCCAUACAAAAAUAUGUCCACCCCGCCUAUGAACUGCAAACCUCAGGACUCGGGACAUUUCUAUAGUGAUCAUCGCUUGAGCCAGCAGGGAAGAUCUGAUGGGCCAAUGAUGAGGUAUCAACAUCCCCCUGAGUAUGGGUCAGUCAGGCAGAACCCAGAUGUGCAGCUGCAGUUACAACAGAGACCACCUCACCACCACAGCCCAACUUCUUCCUUGACAUCCCUGGGAUCUUUGACUUUGCUUCAGUCUCCACCGCCAUCCAGGCUGUCCCCUUCCCAGCAUCAGCAACCUCUGACUCCAAGCCAGGGAGAUCCUGGAAUUCUGCCACGGACCCAGCAGCCAUUCUUAUCAAACCAAGUCCACCAGGGGGACUUGUACCGACUAUGCCAGCCCUUCCUAGGACCGCAGCAGCAGCAAGGAGAUUCCUAUCCAGUAAUGUCCCGGGCUCAGCAGAUCCCUUCUCCGUAUCAGCAGAUGCAAGUAGACCCUUUUGCCAUAGUUUCCAGGGCCCAGCAGAUGGUGGAAAUCCUGUCAGAAGAGAACCGGUCUCUGCGACAGGAGCUGGAUGGAUGUUAUGAGAAAGUAGCCCGGCUGCAGAAGCUGGAAACAGAAAUUCAGCAAGUUUCAGAGGCAUACAAAAACCUGGAGAAAUCAUCCUCUAAACGUGAUGCCCUGGAAAAGGCCAUGAGAAACAAACUGGAAGGAGAAAUUCGGAGGCUUCAUGAUUUCAACAGGGAUCUGAGAGAGCGCAUGGAGACAGCCAACAAGCAGCUGGCAGAGAAGGAAUUUGAGGGGUCUGAAGACAAUCGGAAAACCAUCUCUCAACUCUUUGCACAAAACAAGGAAACACAGCGGGAAAAAGAGAAACUGGAAAUAGAACUGGCUGCUGCACGCUCCACCAACGAGGACCAACGGAGACACAUUGAGAUCCGAGACCAAGCCUUGAACAAUGCUCAGGCCAAGGUGGUGAAACUGGAGGAAGAGCUCAAAAAGAAGCAGGUCUAUGUUGAGAAGGUGGAGAAGAUGCAGCAGGCCUUGGUUCAGCUGCAGGCAGCAUGUGAGAAACGGGAACAGCUGGAACACAGGCUGCGGACCCGGCUGGAGAGAGAACUGGAAUCUCUCCGGAUGCAGCAGCGUCAGGGUACAUCUCAGACUGCCAAUGUCUCCGAGUACAAUGCCACGGCGCUUAUGGAGCUCCUGCGUGAGAAGGAGGAAAGGAUUCUUGCUCUGGAAGCUGACAUGACCAAGUGGGAACAGAAGUACCUGGAGGAGAGUGUGAUGAGACAGUUUGCUUUGGAUGCAGCUGCAACUGUGGCUGCACAGAGGGACACGACAGUGAUCAGCCACUCGCCUAACCCUAGCUAUGACACUUCGCUGGAAGCUCGCAUUCAGAAGGAGGAGGAAGAGAUCCUGCUUGCCAACAGGAGGUGUCUCGACAUGGAGGGAAGGAUUAAGACUCUGCAUGCUCAGAUCAUUGAGAAGGAUGCCAUGAUCAAAGUCCUGCAGCAGCGCUCCCGGAAGGAGCCAGGAAAGACAGACCAGCUGUCCUCAAUGAGACCUGCCAAAUCACUGAUGUCCAUUUCGAAUGCUGGCUCUGGCUUGCUGUCCCACUCCUCAACACUGAGCAGCACUCCCAUCCUGGAGGAGAAGAGAGAGGACAAGAGCUGGAAAGGCAGCCUAGGUGUUCUGCUGGGAACAGAAUAUCGCUCCGAAUCCAUUCCCUCCACCCCCUCUCCUGUUCUUCCUUCCACACCACUGCUGUCAGCCCACUCAAAAACAGGCAGCAGAGACUGCAGCACCCAGACUGACCGGGGCAAUGAACAAAGCAAAGCUGCACCUUCCACUGCAGCCCCCACACCAGGACGACUCCCCAGUACCAACCUGGCCUACAGCACAGACAAAACAGAUGGGCCAAUCUUCCACUCCAGCACCCUUGAAAGAAAAGCCCCUGUUCAGACCAUGGGGCAGGACCUCCCAGAUGGAGAGAUGGUAGAAUACCUCAUCUGAAAGGCUGUACCAGGAUCUGAGCUGGGGUACAGUAGCAAGAUAUUCUUAAAAGACAUUUUUAUUGGGAAGAAAUGUAGUACCUGAGUAAUAAAAGAACACUCAGCUGUUUGCUCUUGUGUAUUAUGUCUCAAAAGUAUGGACAGGUUAAGUUAUAAUUUGUUCUAAAUUAUAAAAAACCCAUAACACUUGUUCUUUGGAAGUUUCCCUGUUAUUGUUUAAAUACUGUAUCAUGUAACAUCUGGAGGAAAAAAAAACUUAGGUGCACUACAUCAGAUAUUUCAUUUCAGUGUUUGAAGUCUCCUAAACAGAAGUACCUCCUCUCACAGCUGUUGGUUAAGUAUCUCAAUUGAUCACAGCAAGGUGAGCAUGAUGCCCUUCUCAUGAGCAGAACCAGGGACUCAGUCAUGAGCAAUACUUAGUGGUUUUAGAAUACAGGUGUUCUGAGAAACUUAUAAAUGUGAGCUGUGAUCAAGGGAGAUUUCUCUUUACACUCAGUGCAAGAACUCAGAAUAGGUAUUUCACACCCACAGGCUCCAUAGUUUUCCAUUUUCUUUUUUACUUCCCAAACUGUGCUAUUUCUUUGUUAAAAGAAGACUCCGGUGAUUAAUGUCGCAUUUCACAAGUUUAGAGACACUGAAAGAUUUGCCACUCUUUUCUACUGAAGUACUUUUUCAGUAAUUUAUACAGUAGAUAGUAAAUAAGAUCUUGCAUUCAUGUUUUACAUAAAUUAAAAAAGGAGAGUUUACAGGCUCAGUCCUGAUCUAUUAGAUCAGAUUUCUGCUAUUAUAAUUCCAUUGGCUUUAGUGGAACUUCUCCAAAUUUACUGUAGUGCAAGUGGCAAACCCUGUUGCUUCUCAGUGUUAGCAACUUAGUCUGCUGCAUCUGUGGAGAUCUUUCUCCAUAGCAGAUUCCUCUGUGUUUCAAACGUCCUUUUUAUGUCCCUCCUUCUUGAAGAGAGUAAAUUCUUUUUCACAUAGCAAAACCUCAGAGAGAGAGCUUUAGAGAGAAGCUCUGUGUAAAGUUUCAGAUGGCAGAUUUUCUCCUUCCAAAAUACUUUCUUCAUCUAACUGGAGAGAGCAGCUUAAGGAAAGUCCCAGUGGCAUUACAGAAGAAACAUAGACAUUCAGGUCAUUGGGUUUGCUUUCAGAUUACUGAGAACUAGCACAGGUGCAGCAGUGCUUUGGUUGCAGGUGCUAUAAGGAGAUAUUAAGACCAAUAGAAGUAAAUGAGUAUUUUUUGUUACUGUCUUUGCAUUUUAUUAAAACACUUCAAUAUUAAUCUCUGUUAAAAGCUACUUCUGUUUACUUGAAUGUUAAAAUAUUUCAUUAGCAUUGGGAACCUGGCAAGUCUCAGCUUUCUUGUGCAGCAUUAGAGUAGCCAGUUUUUCAUUUCAGAUCAUUUCACCCCAGAAAUAAGGAAAACCAGCAAUUAAUCAUCAGGCAGUGAAUAUCCUCAAUUCCUACUUAGUUGACACUGCUCAUAUGGUGUCCAGCUGAAAUGGCCUUAUCAGAUGAACAGAUAUACCAUGAAUUUCACAGUGGAUGGUUGGGAGGUGAAAGGAGGUGCCUUUGGUCUCCUGCAUAGGUGACUUAGCAGUGCCUAAAGAUCAGCCAUAAGUUGGAUUGUUUGUCUUCUAGCGAUAAUCACUUAAAACCCAAGGAAGACACUUUCCAUCAUUUUUAGCAGAUUUGGUGCUUGAUAGUGUUUUUCAGACAAUAUUCCUAGACCCACAAAAGCUCAAUAUGGCAAAAUGGUUAUGGUAAGAUAUGAACUAAGCCUAAAUAGCUUGGCUUUAACAGUAACAGGCAGCACAAACUCUUCUUGCAUCACCACUACUUCAGACACUUCAGAGCUGCACUUUGAGGCUUUGACUGUUUCUGCCAUAUGGGACAACAUCUUUCUGGACAGUGCAUUAGAGCUUCCUUACUUAAGUGUAUCCUAGUGAUCUGAAUUAGUUCUCCACCAUUUUCUGGACAAACUGUUGACAGCCUCUUUGUUAUCAUCCCUGAGAAUGUCUUACCUUUAUUUCUCUUGUCUUAAUUCCACCCCAGUAUAUGAAGUAAUGACACUCUGAAUGAUUUGAAGUGCUUUCUCUUCCUCUUCCACAGCUGUUGGAAAUGCAGGAGGAGCUUCUCUCAGUAGCUCAAGGUGUCCAUCUUUCUGCCAUUUCAGCAUAACCUUCUAUAUUGUACUUUGUGGUUUGGCCUUAGAAUGAAAAACAGGAGAUCAAAUGCCAUUAAGAGGAGGGCAGAGAUGUUUGAGGGCUUUUCUCUUCUUUUAAUAUCAGAAAAAAUGACAUUCCAUCUUCACAAGUACUUCUCAGCAGUGGGGAAAAAGGUUUUGCAACUGUAGCGCUCUAAAUAAACAGUUCCAGCUCACUUGCUUCACAUUAAUUCUAAAUUUGAAUCCUCUACAGAUAAAAUCUGGUUUAUAAAAGUGAUUUUUCCCCAGUCAAUAUUGACUGUUCAGCUGGGGAAGGUAGGAAUAAUUGGUUUACUCUCCUUGCAGCUCAUUAUUUUCAAACUGAUUGCCACUGUAAUCUAGUUACACAGAGAAAAAAAGGAUAUAAAUAGUUUUUGGUGAAUAAAAUACAGAUGAUGAACAGCAACUGUCUCCUCCAGAAAUGGAAACCAGGAGGUCUCUGACAGGAUCGCAGGAGCCUUGGCAGCUCUAGGCCUGUGGAAGAAGAUGGUGCAGUUUCACAUUGCUUAGGUCAGGUUCUUUACCUUAUUUUGUAAUUGGGUUUCUUCCAGAAGCAAAACCCCCAAAACUUUUGAUGUGGAAGUUUGAGGUCAUUUUCCUGUGCUGACAAACCAGGAGCCAUCAGGAAUGUAUUCUUUCCCUCGAGCUUCCUCAGAGCCAUCCUGAUGUGAAUCUAAGAGCUGCUUGCUUUGAGGAAGAUGUGUACUAUAGUCUUCAGUCUCUCUGUACAGAUUUGUAUUUUGUUUUUAAACAGAAACUGCUUUAAGGAGACAAACUGCACACCUAGUUCCUUUUCCUUCUGUAGAGCUUAUUUCUAGUAGAAAGUGAUUUUAACACAGUGAUUUCAAUGGCCUUGUUUGCAAACCAAAAUCUUAGACUAAGAGUUUUUCUGAAACUCGGGUAUUAGAAGCAGAAUUGUAGCUUUUAUAAAGAAAGCCACAUAUUCUUCUUUGUAGAACAAAACAAGAAAAUCAAGUUUAGUUAUUUUUCCUCUUUCCUUUCACCGCUUACAGAAUGGCCAAGCUCACAAGUCCUUCCCUUGGGCAGUUCCUUUGGGAUUUGACAGUGCACUGCCUGAGCUUUAGAGGCUUUUGUUCCCACCUGACCUGAUAUCAUUAUGAACUUCAGAUAGCUCCUACCUGGCAGCUCUUGUUGGGUCUAGAGCAGCAAUUUUUGCCUGUGGUUUGAGGGCUCAUGAGGAGCUGCAAGUUGCUCUUCAGGAGUCUCUGAAGGAUGGCUGAGGUCAGCAAGGCCCAUCAAGGGGCUGAAAUGAUUUGAUUCAUGUGUGGGUCUCUGCCUCUGUUGACAAAUGUAGAGUGAGAGCCUGAAAACUGGCAUUACCUUUGCUUCAUUGUUGAGUCUGCCUGAGGGAGGGAUCCUCUAGAGUUUUAGGCCAGAACCAUUUCCAAGGACACCUCCUGCUCCAGGAGCCCACACCGAUGACCAGUGGCACAUGAGACACGCAACACCUGCAUCCUGUGAGCCACAACACCUGUACAGUGAAUC